AUGACCGAGACCAACACCCCGUGGUACCGGGAGGCCCAUCUCCCCAAUGGCUUCGAUGGAUCCCUCAUGAACGGUCUGAUCGCCCUUCCACAGUGGAAAGAAGCCAUGAAUUACCCGACGGGAACCUGGCUCGGCUUUAUCAACGCUAUCUACGCCCUGGGCUGCGUUCUAUCUUAUCCCAUAUCGUCAUGGAUGUGCAAUAGGUAUGGCCGUAAGCCCGGGGUUUGGGUUGGCUACCUGUUUUUGUUCGCCGGGGCGGCUAUUCAGACGGCUGCCAACAGGGACGCUCCCUUCGUCGUCGCCCGACUGCUGCUGGGUUUUGCAUCGGGCUUCUUCCUUGCCUGUCCCCUGCUCCUCGCCGAGUCGGCUUAUCCUGCGCACCAGGCAACAGCCUCUUCGCUCUAUAUGUGCGGAUGGUAUGUGGGGGCCGUAACAGCGGGCUGGGCAACCUUUGCUACUCGCAACAUCCCGUCGUGGUGGGCGUGGAGAAUCCCAUCUGCUCUCCAGGUUGCCAUGCCUCUACUUGCUCUCCCAGGGUUUCUGUUGAUCGACGAGUCGCCUCGCUGGCUCGUGUCCAGAGACCGCAACGACGAGGCCCAGCGAAUCCUAGCUAAGAACCACGCCGCGGGGGAUCUAAACUCGCCAAUUGUGCUGCGCGAAAUGGCAGAGAUCGAAACCGCCCUCAACACUGAGAAGAAGGCUCAGAACUCUUCGUGGCUGGACCUGAUAAAAACGCCUGGAAACCGGAGGCGUAUGCUCAUCACAGUCUCACUGGCCAUUUUUUCUCAAUGGUCGGGCGGCGGGACCGUGUCUUACUACCUCACUGGCGUCUUAACGACAGUUGGAAUCACGUCUGUCACGCACCAGACUCUUAUCUCUGCAUGCCUACAGGUGUGGAACCUGAUCUGGGCUACCGCAGCAGCUUUUUCAGUCCACAAGCUUGGGCGUCGUCCGUUGUUCCUCGCCUCGGGAAUAAUAAUGCUUGUCGCAUAUAUCAUCAUCACAGCUUUGUCUGGUGCCUUCGCCACUACUGGAAACGCUGCGACUGGUACCGCUGUCAUUCCCUUCCUGUUCAUUUACUACUUUGGCUACGAUAUUGCUCUCACUCCCUUCUUAACGGCAUACCCAGUUGAAAUAUGGCAGUACAACCUGCGCGCCAAGGGACUUGCGUCAAUGUUCCUCACAAGUUACUCUUUCAAUUUCUUCAACAUUUUCGUCAACCCUAUCGCCCUAGACGCCAUCGGCUGGAAGUACUACUUCGUCUUCCUCGUUAUAUUGGUCGUGAUGAUUGCGACUGUCUGGUUCUACUACAUUGAAACCCGAGGCCUGACAUUAGAACAAAUUGCGGCACUGUGUGAUCAAGACGAUGCUUUGGGCAAGGAAGCUAGUGAAAUGGACAUAGUAGUUAUCUCAGACAAUAGUGAGAAGGGUAUGAGCAAGCAUUUGUAG